AUGUCGGAAAUCGAGAAGGCUCUAGCUGAGUUGAGAGCUCUUAUGAAAUAUCGGGCCAAGGAACUCGGUUUUGUCGAGGACUUUCGCGGUUUAGGCCUGACCAGCAGAAAGAAUCUAUGCCUACAUCCUUCCGUCAAGCGGGAGAAGAGCGGUGCUGUCGUCGAUGCAAGAUGUCGGAGUCUCACAGCCGGCUUUGUAAGAGAGAAAAGAGAGCGAGGAGAGGAUGUCGAGAUCUGCGUCUAUCAUGAUAAUCUGGAUCUCCUCGAACCACACAACCUGGUUCCUCCAGGGGUGUUCACACUGGAUGAACUGAUAAGGUAUGGUGAAGAUCAUAAGCAGUGUCCCUACUUCUCAGCACGGCGUAUGAUGCCCUUCUGCAACGUCAUCAUCUAUUCCUACCAUUACCUGCUCGACCCCAAGAUUGCGGAACGUGUCUCAAAAGAACUGUCCAAGGAUUGUAUAGUCGUCUUCGAUGAAGCCCACAAUAUCGACAACGUCUGCAUCGAGUCAUUGUCCAUUGAUUUGACCGAAGACUCUCUAAGAAAAGCGACUCGGGGAGCGAACAACUUGGAACGGAAGAUCGAGGAGAUGAAGGCUUCCGACGAGGAAAAGCUUCAAAAUGAAUAUCAGAAGCUCGUGGAAGGCUUGAGAGAGGCAGAUGAAGCACGAGCCGAGGAUGCCUUCAUGGCGAACCCCACCUUACCUGACGAUCUUUUGAAGGAAGCAGUUCCUGGCAAUAUCCGUCGAGCAGAGCAUUUCGUGGCAUUUCUCAAACGCUUUAUCGAGUAUCUGAAGACCCGAAUGAAAGUGUUAUACGUCAUUCAGGAAACUGCUCCCUCAUUCCUCGCACAUCUCAAAGAGCUGACCUUCAUCGAGCGCAAGCCAUUGCGGUUCUGUGCCGAACGACUAACAUCCCUUGUCCGCACGUUGGAAUUGACCAACAUCGAAGACUACCAGCCAUUACAAGAAGUAGCGACCUUUGCCACUCUUGUUGCAACCUACGAAACCGGAUUUCUCUUGAUUCUGGAGCCCUUUGAGACCGAGCAAGCGACAGUCCCAAACCCCAUCUUACACUUCGCAUGCCUUGAUGCAUCAAUCGCGAUCAAGCCUGUCUUCGAACGGUUUUCCUCUGUCAUCAUUACUUCUGGAACUAUUUCGCCCUUAGAGAUGUAUCCGAGAAUGCUCAACUUCAGCACCGUGACGCAGGAGUCCUACCCAAUGUCACUUGCAAGGCGAUCCUUCUUGCCAAUGAUCGUCACCCGUGGCUCUGAUCAACAGUCUAUAACAUCCGGCUUCCAAUCUCGGUCGGAUCCAGGUGUGGUACGGAACUACGGCGCUUUAUUGUACGAAUUUGCAAAAAUCACCCCGGACGGAAUCGUUGUCUUUUUCCCUUCUUAUCUCUACAUGGAAAUGAUCAUCAGUAUGUGGCAGGGAAUGGGUAUCCUGGAUCAAAUCUGGACUUACAAGCUCAUUCUGGUGGAAACACCGGACGCCCAGGAGACUAGUCUGGCAUUGGAGACUUACCGCACUGCAUGUGAAAAUGGCAAAGGCGCGAUCUUGCUCUGCGUCGCUCGGGGCAAAGUGUCUGAAGGUAUCGACUUCGAUCAUCACUAUGGACGUACUGUGCUGUGUAUGGGCGCACCUUUCCAGUACACGGAGUCGAGGAUCUUGAAAGCGCGUCUGGAGUUCCUGCGAGAGAAUUACAGAAUUAAGGAACAAGACUUUCUGUCUUUCGACGCAAUGCGGCACGCGGCCCAGUGCUUGGGGCGAGUCUUGAGGGGGAAGGAUGACUACGGGAUCAUGGUUUUGGCCGACCGUAGGUUUCAGAAGAAACGUACCCAACUACCUAGAUGGAUCGCGGAAGAGAUUACCGAUGCUCAAACCGGAUUGAGCACUGAUGCCGCUGUGGGCAUGGCAAAGAAGUUCCUAAGGAGCAUAGCUCAGCCUCUGGGACCCGGGCAGAAAUUGCCUGACGGCUCAACUAAAGGUAAAGAUAGCUGGGACCUGAAGGAGCUGGAAAAUUUCCAGAAAGAGCAACAGGCGAAGCGAGGCGAAGGCGACAUGGGCAGAGAAGAUGCAACAAUGCACGAUUAUAUGCGCAGCGAAGCGAAUGGGGCUCCAGCGCAGAACGGUACCAAUGGUCAUGUUGGUGGUGUCGAUGACUUCGACGAGGUUAUCGCUGAUGAGGAAUUGCUUAUGGCGGAAGCAAUGGUCGUGGAAUGA